AUGCUUCAAUCUCUCCUUCAGAACAACUUCGUGGCCGUACUCGGUCUUCUCAUCGUCUUUGGGACAGCAACAAGCCUAACAUGGACCGCCUUCACAAUUCUUUCACCUUACCUCCGCGUCAAGGGUGCGAAGAUAUUCAACGACAGAACCGGAUCUGAGAUCCUCUGGACGAACGCGCGGAAGCGUUUCCAGCGUGGUGCGCGCGAGCUCUUUAAGGCCGCAUUCGCGCAGCACCCGAACGCGUUUUAUAUCAUGACAGAUACGGACGUUGAACUCAUACUCGACUCCAAGUACGCGCCUGAGGUGCGUAACGAUAGACGCUUCGAUAUCGGCAAGUAUAAUGAGGAUAUGUUCCAUGGGACAAUUGCCGGGUUUGAGAUGUUCGAGAAUGACCAUGUCCUUGAGCGGGUCUUUGUCGAGACUGUGCGGAAUAAGCUGACUAGGGCUAUUGGCAAAUUCGUCAAGCCCAUCUCUCUAGAAGCCGCUGAUGGCCUGCGGGAAUACUGGACCGACGACACAGGUAUCCCCGCCCCAACCCGAAAUCACUCCUGCGUCCUCCGCACAAUCGCGAAGCAAUCUUCGCGAGUCUUCCAAGGGCCCCCGCUCUGCUACAACCCAGACUGGCUCCGCAUCACAGUGAACCAUACAGUGACCUUCUUCGAAGCAGCCGAGUCAUUAAAAGUAUGGCCGCACCCACUGCGACCACUCGCAGCCAAGUUCCUGCCACUGUGCAAGAAGCUCCGUGCCGAGGCGCAAGAGGCAAGGCGCAUCAUCACCCCUAUUUUAGAGGAGAGACUGAAGCGCGCACAAGCCAGAAUGGCAGAAAAGAAUAAUCUGCCAGAAAAGAAGACAGAAGUGAAAGAAGAGGGAGACAGCGAUGGCAAUAUGAUCGAGUGGGCCGAAGAAACAGCCAACGGGGCCAUCUACGACGCUGCGCUCCUUCAGAUGAAAGUCUCGCUUGCGUCCAUCCACACAACCUCAGACCUCGUUAGCCAGACGCUCUUCAAUCUAUGCAGUCGGCCUGAGCUAGUGAAUGAUCUCCGUAAAGAGGUCAUCGAGGUGAUUGGCCAGCAGGGCUGGGUCAAGCCGGCUCUGUAUCAGCUAAAAUUGAUGGACAGCGUGCUGAAGGAGACUCAGCGGCUGAAGCCGAUUUCAAUAGGCACAAUGGUCCGCACCACAACAUCCCCCGUAACAUUCAGCGACGGUCUUCAAGUGCCCGCCAACACACGAACGCUAGUAUCGUGCCACAACAUGUGGACAGAGUCCGUGCAUGAGAACCCAGAGGUAUUCGACGGAUAUAGAUUCCUCAAGCUGCGGCAGCUCCCCGGCCAAGAAAACUGGACCCAGCUCGUUUCAACGAGUAACAAUCAUCUGGGCUUCGGACACGGGAUGCAUGCAUGUCCAGGGCGAUUCUUCGCUGCGACUACGGCUAAAGUGCUGAUUGCCCAUGUGGUACUAAAGUACGAUUUGAAACUACUGGACGGUCAGAAGCCGGUUAUUAUUGAGCAUGGGGCAGCCCAGUAUGCCAAUGUUUGGUGUCCGAUCGGGGUCAGGAGAAGGAGGGAGGAGAUUGACCUUUCUGAUCUCUAG